AUGAAUAUUAAUACUAUUCUUAUUCCUAAGAAAGAGAAAACUUUUUCUACAUUUGAUAAAGCUCGUGCCUUUGUAGAAAAUUAUGCUGCACAAAUCAACAUUAUUAUAAUUUUGAGAAAAACUAUUAAAAAUCCUGAUGAUAGUUAUAGGCAGACAUCUUUUGUUUGUAAAAAACAAGGAAGUUACAAUAGAACAAAUGAAAAAUUGCAAGAAUUACAUGAGAUUGAAUUACUACAUAGAACUUUGCAAAAUGAUGAAAAUAUUAUAGCAAAUAUGGCAACUAAACCUGCAUAUAAUGACAAGCAUGAUCAAGAUGAAUUAUUUGUUCAAGCAAUUUUCUGA